AUGACGAUGGACUCGACUGCGUCCUCUUCCAAGGCGCACGCAGACCCGUCGACAGAGGCGAUUGAUCGAGCGGUUCGUGUAAAUGUGCGUCGACAGCGCAUUGACACACGCAGCGCCUCCAAAGAUGAUGCCUCGAGGAAGAAACAGUUGCAGGUGGGCGAGUCGCAGCGCAUGAGCCGCGGCAAGCAGCAGGUCGUAGACAGUCUCAACCUGCUCGACCGCCACAAAUUGGCAGGGAUCCGCCAUGUCACGAGCGUUCGAGUGGAUGCAGAUGACGCCGAGAAUCGACGUCGCAUCGAGGAAGAAGAGCGACGUCACAAGCGCGUGGAAAAGUUGCAGCAAGAAGCCAUCGAUAGUGGCGCAAAGAACGCUGCUGUUGAGAUGAGAUGGACAGAUAUAUUCGAGUUCAGUAUGCCACAGGAGCUGCACAACGAGCUGGAGCUGCAGAAUCGCGCUUGUACAGAGAUCUUGGCGUCGAAAUAUACCGUCAUCCGCGAGUUUCAGCGCCAUUUGAAGGCCAAGGACGAAGAAUACGUCAAUGCGCUUAAGUUUCAGGCGGAAGAGGUCGAAAAUCUAGUCGACCGCAUGAGCCAGCAGUAUCGAGAGAUGCAGGACGAGUACGAGCUCGAACUUGAGCAGAUGGAAGACGCUUUUAUGAAAGAGCGAGAUGAUCUCAUCGCGAACAACAAGCUCGAGAUUGACUCACUGUUUGAGCGGCGACGAGAGAUGGAGAUGGUCUACAUGGAAGCCAAACAAGCGCGAGACGAGCAGUACUUACAGGAGAUCGAAGAUUUGCGAGUGCGCGAUGCAGAGGACUACAACGAGCUCAAGGUCAAGCUGGAGACCAACAUCCAGACACUUGAGCAGCAACUCGAAGAGAUGCGUGCAACGUACCAGCUCAACACAGAAAAACUGGAGUACAAUUAUCGAGUUCUCACGGAGCGAGACAUGGAGAACUCUGCAAUGCUGAGCCAACAGAAGCGCAAGCUGGCGCGUUUGAAAGACGCGCUGGCUUCACUUAUAGCCAAGUACAACCAGACCGAUGCGCGUGAUCGGCAUCAAAAUGAGGAACUGACAGAAGAAUACCGACGUCUGACGAAGCAGUACCGUGACCUACAGAGGAAAUACGCUCAUUUCGAGGCCAGCGACAGCAGCAAGUUUGGCGAGGUCUGGCAGAUGCACGAAGAGGAAGCAAUCUGUAAGAUCGAGAAGCUGCUGGAUGCUGACCGCAUUAUCCAUGAACAGCAGCUUGGACUUACGUGGCGACCACCUGUUCAAUCGAUUAAAAACUGGAGCCAAUCAGCUAAAGCAGGCAACAUAGCGGCACUUCAAAAGCAACUCGAAAACGGAGACGAGUCGUCACCCGAUGCCAUUGAGAUCAACAAAAGUGGCAACAAGAGAGACGACAGCGGAGGCAAUCCCGAUCAAGACGACUUUGACGACGAGUCCGUCGAGGAGUACACGCCGCUUAUCAAGAAAAUAUCUGGCCUCAAGUUGAAAUACAUGCUGAAAAUGCUCGCGUCUGAGGCCGGAUUCCUGGUUAAUGGCAGUGUCCAGCAGGCUCUCAAUAAUCUUCCUAAUGAUGAGGCUGAACUGGUGAAGGCGGACAUGAUUAUGCGUGCUCUCGGGGUGGACAGGGAAGAGGAAAUGGAGAAACUGAUGGGGUACUUCUUCGAAGACCCCCGACAAGAAGUAUCAGACAACAGUAAAGACAACAAAUCACCCGGCAACGACGAAUCGAAGGCGUCAUGGGGUCUUAUGGUUGGACCAGAGGAUGUCAUCCGAGUCAUCAAGCAGUUCGUUGAAGAGAUGAACGACCAGAAGCGAGCUGCCCCGUUCGCUCGGAUCCUCCACCGAUCAGCAAAUGGCGAGUCUGAAGCGGUGAAGAAAAACAGUAAGAUAACCAGCUCGGCAGCGCUAAAAGCCAAGACACGAAAGGCAGAGAAGGAAUACUGGCAGAAUAUUAUUAAGGUGUUCCCGGCAGAAAAGAUUCGCACUAUGGCUACGCUUGAGAAGGGUUUGAUGUACUACAACAAGGCACUAUUGCGGCGUAAAGAGCUGGUUGACGACGUUACUGCCAUGAAGGCGCAGAACACCGAGCUCAAGAAUCUUCUUAAACAGUAUCUGGCUGCCCCUAUUAACGAGGAUCUCAUCGUGCCACCAACUCAGAUGCAGCUGUACCAGUGA